GUAGUUCAGCUCAAAAAGCUAUAAUAAAUGGAAAAAAAGUAGAAGUAAUAGAUGAUUCUAAACUAGUUACACAACCUGCGCAAUUUAGUGUUGAAGAUGUUUUUAAAGCCCCUAAUGUCAAAGGAGUUGUAAGAGAUAUAAAACUUAAUAUAAGAAUUAACCUAGUAAAUGAUAAUACUAUAAAAUUCUUAUUCAAUAGGCAAAGAGAAAUAACGUUCAGAAUCACGGAAUUGGUAGAAAAUUAUGACAUAAAAUUUCAUUACACAACUUGUAAAUCAUUCAUAAAGGAAGAAGUUAAAGGCAGCUGUAAAAGCAGUUGUAAUGACUGCAUAAAAACAUUGACCUUAGAAAAUUCUAAAAUAUUUUGUAAGCCAGAAAAUGCUUGCUCAAAUUGUCUAAUAAUAAAUGAAGGAGCAAUCUGCAUGGCUUGUCAAAAUCAAUUCAUAGAAUCUGAAUGCUUAGAAGUGUUCGAAAUAGCUUUCAAUAUAAUAAUAUUUAAAUAA